CAACAGUGAAACGGUAUUGUAAUAGCGUCAGACAGUGUAAACCCUUCAAACGGACAGGACCGCCGACAGCGUGCAAAACAAUAAUAUCGAACAAUAAUAUUAUUAUUAUUAUUAUAUAGCUUCUAUAGUGUUUUUGUUGUGCUCAAAAAUAAUAUCGUUAUUAAGCCGUAACCGCGCGCACGGUUUGUCGAUAAAGUGCCAGUUAACAUACUAAUAUAUUAUAAUAGUCGUUUGUCGUUUAAAAAUUCACAAUACCCCCCUCGAUAUUACUAAAGUCUCUCAUCCGUCGGCGGCUAUUCUCCGGGCGGAUUUCGCUGCGUUUAUCUCUUUUUUCCGCCGUUGAACAAAAAACAAUUUGGUUCGUCGUACAGAUGGACAAAGUCGACGGUGGUAACCGAAAGUCAAAGAAUUGCAAAAAGACCAUGCUGUUGAAACGGUUUUCACCGGUCGUGCUCAGCGCCGUCGACAGUUUUUUCGAAGAACUCCUGUGCGACGCCAUUUUCGACUUUCACAUGGAACUCAACCUCGAGACGUACGACCCCAAGGACGUGAUGCCGAACGACCCGAACGACGUGCCAGACGAGGCCCUGUGCCGCAUGACCGACGAGCUCAACAUCAACAAGAUCAACCAGGACAUCGACUGCCCCAAGUGUUGCACGCUAGUCAAGUGCCCUUGGUUGUCCAAGCACUUGGCCCACUGCAUGAACCCGCACAAGCACAACUACUCGCACAGCGCCAGGAACAGUUCAAGGAUAGCCCGUCAGCGCAUCCAGGACGGGUUCAAGACCGGCGUGGAAGAGUCCAAGAAUGGGCACGAGAGUGAGGACGAACCAUUGCCGUCCAAGAAGCGUAGCAACAAGAGCAAAAAGACUAAGUUCAAAGGGGUUAGAUCUGGUUUGACGUGAGACCACCGCCAAAUGGGACAAAUAAACAGACGGUGGUAUACGGUUGCAAUCUGUACAGCAUCAUCCAAAUUUCAUUUUGUUCUAUGAGAUACUUGGUUUAGCUAAAAAUGUUUAGAUUAAAAUCUUUAUUAUUUUAAAUUCUUAAAAAAAGUUAAAAAUAUUUCUUUAAAAGGUAAUUUAAAAAAAAAAAACAAAUGUUGACCUACAUAAUUGGUUUGGAUAAUUUAAUGAAAAUAAUGACUAGUUGAUAACCAGUUUCAAAAAAAUACUUCUCGUGUUAAGGUUUAAGUGAAAAAAGCAUUAGAUAGUAACAUUAAAUCCUAAUAACAGCUGAAAAAGUACUUAUUGAAAACUUAUUAUUGACAAGUCAUUUUUUCUUUACAUCAUUUUGCUUUGAAUAAGUAAAUAAAGUACCUAUGCAGGUUGCUUUUUGACUUUUAAAAUGUUAAUUUCUAAAAUUCCCUUUAGAAAACUAUUUUUGACUUUAACCUUAAGAACUAGUUUUGAAACAAUAGACAUUUUUAGCUAAAUAUUUUAUAGAAAAAAACUACCAUAUCAUGAAAUUUGGAUAAGUCUGUACACUACUAUUGAUUAGAUUCCCGACCUACCGAUAAAUGUUGCCUGUAAAGUAUUGAAACCGACCAAUGGUGGCACAACUUUUAGCGGGGCGACUCGUCUGUAAUAUUUUUUGUAAAUACGAAUGACAAAAUCAUUAUUAUGAUUGUAUACUUAAUGUUUAGAAACGUGUGAUUUAUGUAUGUGAUAUUUUUUUUUUCUUUAUAAAAUAUAAUAACAUUACAACGCUCA